GCCUGCGUGUGCUCUGUUUGAAGUGCCAUUUCCUCAUUUCUGACCUAGGACUUACAGCAGCUUCCUUAUUUUGAGAUCCCACACAAGUAGCGUUGUGAGUUGCUGUGACAGAGUCAGCUGGCUUUCUUGCAGUGUCCGUGUGUCAGCGCAGGUGGAAGAGCGGAGCGGGCCGUUAGAGAAAAAUGCAUUCUGAAUGAUAGCUACUGCUUGCUGAACUGAACUGAACUGCAGAGAUCUCGUGCCUGGAGAUGGAGAUGAUAAAGCAGAGGAAAUAAUCCAACUGCUGCCAUUGUGACACCUAAAAGAUCCUUUGUGCCAAAAUGAGCAGUCUUUGAGAAAAUCCUGGAAAGCUGUUAAACCUGAAAAAUGGGAGAAAGAGUAAGGAGCCCAGAUUCUGAGCAGGAGAGGAAAUCAGACGAGGAUAAAAAUAGUGACUCCUAUUAUUCAGAUGAAGGGAAUGCAUCUCGUUCAUCCAGCCAGUCGCCAGCACUAAGCUCUCCAUCUACAAACCAAGAAAAAAGGCAUCACAAAACACAGACUUCCAACAGCCUGUUGCACUACCAAGCCACAAAGAAAUUGGAUUCCAAAUAUGCACCGAGCAAAAGAGGGACACGGUGGGGUUUCCGUUCUCAGAGCCUCACCAGGGAUUCUCCUGCAAAAGAUAUAGAUCUUGUUACAAAAAGAGUUCUUUCUGCUAGGCUGCUGAAAAUCAAUGAGCUCCGAAAUGAACUCACUGAACUCCACAUCAAACUGGAUGAGCUGCAGAAGGAAAACAGGGCACUGAAGAGGCUUCAGCACAGGCAGGAGAAAGCCUUGAAUAAGUUUGAAGAUACAGAAAACGAAAUCUCUCAGCUCCUCGCUCAGCACAACAAUGAGAUUAGAAUAUUAAGGGAGCGCCUACGAAAAUCUCAGGAGAAGGAACGUGCAACUGAGAGACGGCUGAAAGAUACAGAAGAUGAACUGUACAGGAAAAAAACUGCCUUGCAGAAACUGAAAAAACUGUCUGCAGAUAAGCACCUUGCUGAAAGAGAUGACCUGGCAAAGAAACUAGCCUUAGCAGAGAGCAAGCUGGAGGACAGGGAAAAAAGAAUUAAGGAUCUGGAAAGAAAUCUUGAAUUAAGUAGUAGCAGUUUUCAACGAGAGUUACAUUCAAAGAAAAAAAAGUUGUACGAGGCUCAAGAAGAAAACAGAGUUCUCCAAGAGGAGCUUAAUCAUCUAAAUCAGAAGCUGAAGGAAAAAGAAAGAGAACUUGAAGCAAAAAAUAUAUAUGCCAAUCGUAUGUUGAAAUCAUCACCUAGAAAAGACAUGGAUAUUGUACAAAGAAAAAGAGCCAACAACCAAAAUAUAAAAAAGGGACUACAGCUCACAAAAAGUAUACAGACCAGUGGAUGCUUCUCACCAGCAGAACUUCUUCCAGAAUCAGAACUUGCAUGUGCUGACGCAGCAAACAAGAAAGAGGGAAUUCUUCCUAAAAUAGAAAAAGAAACUCAAGACAAAGCAUGGAAAGAACAAACAGAACUCUUAAGACAAGAACAAGACAGGGAGAGGGAAGAGAAACUGAAACAUUUUCAGGAAAUACAGUCCUUGGAGGAGAGGGUUCCAAAACUUCCUGAUGAGUGGCAAAGGAAAGAAUAUGACAAAAUUAAAAAAGAAAGCAACUUUUUAUCGGAUAAAGAAGAGAAAAUAAAGAUGGAGACAGAAAUUCACAAACCUGAAGUAGAGAGAGAAAGCACUGAAACACUGGAAGAGCGGCGAAAAAGAGAGUUCCUGCUUGCUAAAAUGCAAGAAAUUGAUAGAGAAAUUCAAAAUACAACAAACACAAAACCAACUUCCCAAGCACCACUCAUAAAUACAGCAAGAAAAUCUGAUUCACUAGAGAAAAAAGAGAAAACGAAUCCAUUCUUUGAGAUUCCUGGGAAAGUUACUAAUGGAUUUCCUGUAAAGGACAGCCAGGAUGAUGGCACAAGGGCACAAGGGCAGAAGCAGCGAAGCGUAAGGACUGUAGAUUUAAGUGGUGAGUUAGCAUUUGGUAGUUAUGUACCUUCCUUUGGGAAGGGAUCAGGGAGACCAAGUUGGCUCACUGAGAAAAGUGACAAAUUAGAAGAAAAUGUUAAGGAAAAUGCAGAUUUUGAUAGUAAGAAAGAAAAGAAGUCCAAUUUAAUGGAACAACUCUUUGGAAGCAGUACUGUUCUUCUUUCUAAAAAUAACAAUACACCACCUUUGGACAUAGAUUGGGGCUCUAGUAAUAAGCCUUUUGUUGAUAAAAACAGUAAAGUCAAAGAAGACAAUGGGCUAUUUGGUGAAGGAAGAAGCCUAAACAGACCCCGUCUGCAGUACACUACAAACAAGCCAGGAAUUAGUACGCUUGGUUCUUUAGAAGAUGAAGUUGAAGAAGUAGUCUUACAGUGAUCGUGUUUUAUAUGUUUCAUAUGUAAAUACUGAAAAACUAUUUUCUUGUAAUAUUUAUUAGGUAUAGAUUUGAAAUAUUUCAGAUUUAUUGUAAAGCCUUAUGAAGGAAUAAUUUACAUAGAUGGGUAUGUGUAUAGAGGAGAGAUGCAGAGGAGAGAUGCUUGGGGUUUUUUUACCUGUAUUUUUACCCGUAGGUCGCUCACAGUACGCUGCUUUUCAUUUGGAGUAUUUCUUUUAGGCCUCAGAUACUUUCUUUAUUGGGCAUUUUAAGAACCUCUUAACUGUGCCAGGAGAAGGCAUGUGUAAUAUCAGUCAUGAAAUGAGUAGAAGAGACAUUCUUAGCACUAAUUCUCUUAGAAAGAGUAUCUUAUGCUGCUGCCAUGUUAUCUCAGAAUGUCAAAAGAAGCACAAUUAACUCAGGAACAGUUGCUCUCUCCUUUUGCAUAGGUUUUUGUGGACCUUACUACCAAAUGUGUAACUCUUCUCAUAUAUUUAGAUUAUAUUUGUUAUACAAUGCCAUCUUUUGUAAUUUCUGAAUUUUCUAUGUAAAAUUCCAAUCAUUACUAAGUAAUUUUUAAACAAAAUUGUUUUAUUAAAUGAGUUGAGUAAAUUUCUUGUGUGUAGAUCAUCUUUAACACAAAGUUCUCACUUCUUGUAUCAUAUUAUUGGUAUUGGGGAUGUUGCCUUGUGAAGGCUGACCUAGAACAGAGACUAAACAGAGUUAAAGAAUAAAGUAGGUAUUUAUUAGAAGGCCUCAAUGGACACACCUUGGGCAGCACAAGAGCCCAACCAGGGCUACACCCAAGAUGAACCCAAAAUGGUCACAAAAUGGAUGUCCAAUCAUGAGGUAUCACUCUUUUAUAAGUUCUGGUCCAUUUGCAUAUUGGAGUUAAUUGUCCAGUUACACCUUCAGAUUAUGAAGUCCCAUCCUGCUUGCAUUUCUCUCUUCAGUCCACAUUAUCUUGGGCCUGAAAUGUGGAUUGUUUGUCCAUGGUCCCCAGCUAGAGAAGGAAUUGUUUUGUCUCCCUACCCUGUGAAGAGAGCUUACUAUCCCCUUAUAUGAAGCUCAGAACUACACACUAAACCAAUACAGAAUCUGAAAAAUAUAAAAGCUAAAACCUGAGGCAUCAGGGGGAGUUGGUUGCAACUUCACUCAUUAUAUUAUUUACUGGUUGUGCUGUGUACACAAAUGAAAAAGAUAGGCAAUGAAGAAUUUAGCAGUAUUCUAGGAAAUAAGAUGAAGGUCAUUCCUUAAGCUGAAGGUCAUUCCUUACUAGAAGAAGAGAUUUUCAAACACUGUCUGAUAUGCUCCCUCUGAGCCUGAUUCAAAACACACUAAAAUACAGAGAAUUCUUACGAUUUAAAGAUGCAUCGAGUCAAGAUUUUUCUGAACACAGUGGCUCUUCUGAAGAGAAAGGCUGGUGUCUUCAUCAUGCAGUAACUCUCUUUGCUCCUCCCUUUCAGAAAGAAAAUUAGUUUCAGAUCCAGGGUGUGGGACAGUUCUCACCAGGUGCCCGGUAGUGAAGAGCAGCUCAUGUUCACCUGCUUGCUUACAAUCCCAAUUACAUUCAUUGUGGUACUACAGAACUUACCUGGCUCGUUUUGCCUGCAGAUGGUCAGAAUAUCAGAAAUAUUUUAACCAACAACAGUGAAUUUAACUCUGUGUUGCUUUCCUGCAAUGACUUUUUGGGGUAAAUACUGUGGUGUAAGAGGUAGGAGAGGGCUGUGGGUAAACACUGUGGGUGUU